AAAGAAAGCAAAGAAAGCAAGCAAAGAUGGUCCGCAAACUCAAGCAUCAUGAACAGAAGCUCCUCCGAAAGGUUGAUUUCACAACCUAUAAAGAGGACAAUGGCCACCGGGACGCGGCCGUGAUCCGCAGAUAUGCGAUCCAGAAACCAAGCGACUAUCAGAAAUAUAACAGGCUUUGCGGAUCACUCAGACAACUCGCGCACCGCCUGGCCGCCCUGCCCCCCGACUCCCCUUUCCGCCUCAAACACGAGUCCCUCUUGCUCUCCAAGCUGCACGACAUGGGCAUCCUUCCCUCCACCGCGAGCGCCAAACUCUCCGAGGUCGAGAGGUCCGUCACUGUGUCCGCAUUCUGCCGCCGUCGGUUGCCCGUCGUCAUGACACGCCUCCGCAUGGCCGAAACGGUGCAGGCCGCCACGAAACUUAUCGAGCAGGGCCAUGUCAGGGUCGGCACGGAGCCCGUCACCGAUACCGCAUUCCUCGUUACAAGGGGCAUGGAGGACUUUGUGACGUGGGUUGAUGGCUCGAAGAUCAAGAGGAAUAUCCUGAGGUACAGGGAGAAGCUGGAUGACUUUGAUUUGCUGUGAUGGGCUUGACCACUGGAUUGGGCCGCGCCGGUAUUUUGGGUUUGGAAUUGCAUUGCUGGGCGUCGGGUGGAUAAAAUGGGGCAUUUGGAAGGGAGGAGUUCUGAAUAAUUUGAAGAGCACUUGUUUUGCUCCGCUAUGAAGUACAUACGAUACCAAAUCACCAUAAGCAAGUGCCGAAUCUAGCUUUUUGAUUUACUUCUUGAUAUACACGUACGUUUAGACCCGAAUUUUGAAAUG